CGUCCGCGGCGCUGGGCGGGGAGAGGCGAGCGGCGGAAUUUAAAGGGCUCGGGGGCUGCGCUGUGUUUGCUGGAUGUGUUUGUGGUGUCGUGACUGCUGGUGUGUCCUCGUGGGAGGGUGCAUGCUGCAGGAGAGAACUGCUGGAAAACAUGAGCACUUUGAACUGAGUUAUCUGGAAGAGCUGGCUGUGGUUACAGGACACCAGGCUGUAUGCAGGGGAUCUCAGUGGGACAGCCUGAAGAUCAAAUUAGCUGUAGUAAUGCUCCUAGAAAUGUGAGCAUGUGCAAGAUUUAACACCUGGUCAAUUGCACUGUUUAAAAAUAUUAUCCUCUCCAGAGGUCAAAGAGUUCACAUAAGCCUGUCAUGAAUAUACAUAAAAAUAUACCUGAUUAAUUCAUUGCUGUGAAAGUAAGGAUAUCCUCUAAAGAAAAAUGAAAAAACAAGCUUCUGGUCGCAGGGUAAUGAAUCAUAGAAACAGGACUCUGGGAGAAGACAGCGAUGACAAAAAUGAAAGUUACUCUAAAGUUAACAGUGAAAAUGUCACUCAUAGCCAAGAAGGUUGCAUUAUAAAGCUGCCAGUAAUAGCAUCAUUUGCAGGUACUGUUAAAAAAAUUCCACCUCAGGAGCCAAGGUAUUGCAGGUCAAGUUUUCACACCAAUAACUCCCCGAUCUUGUUAGAAAAGACAAAAGCUGUUAGUAAAGUAAAGGAUAGAGACUAUAUGCUAGAGAUGAUUCCCUACAACUUAAGGAGUGAUAAAACAGAGAAAAUAGGUCCUGUGAUUAAAGAUAGUGAUGAGUUUGGCUCUGCAGAUUUAGAGAGAAAUGAAAACAUUCCCAGGAAGGAAAAAUUAACCAGGGAAAGCUGUAAGAAGAGAAGCAAAGAGAUUUCAAAACUAAAGCAGCAAGAUUUACAUGUUGAAUUGGAACGAGUGCUGAGAAAUGGAAGCAAGCAGCCAAGUGUGAGGUCUGCUCGGGAACAGUUGGAAGAGAUGAUCAAAGAACUCCCGGAGAGUGUUCUUGGCCAGAAAUACAACAUAAAAAUGGAAGUCCCAGUUGAAUGUAAGGAAAUAAAAACUGAUUCUCAAGCUAGCCAGGAAGUCCUGCCAAGUUUUCACCAAGCAAGCCUGACACCAGUUCAAAAAGAUUCUCGAGCAGCAGAAAAUGAAUCUCAGCCUACAGAUGAGCUGUUAACGUAUAAUAAGCAGGCUUCAUCCACAGAUGUGCUAUGGGUGGAAGGAAAAGCGAUAUCAAAAAUUAAACCAGAUGAGAUUCAGAAAGAUCUACGAGAGGAACGCAACUUGCAACAGUGUUUGUCUUUCCUGCCCACUCAAGCUUCAAAUGUCAAACAUCAAAAUAAUCGAAGCAUUCAUCAUCUGUGUACGGCUUUUCCUGGUUUUAUGUUGCCUCCGUAUCUACAAAUGGCUUCGAGAAUUUAUCAUACUUCAGACAGAAGAGGUCACAAUAUCUUGUUUACGGCAGAGGAUAUAGAUAACAGGCAGAAAGAAUCAAUAUAUUCUGAAUAUAUUUACUUGAAAGAACUAGCUGAAUGGAAAAGAAUUUGUUUUGAAGGAGUUCCUGCUUCAGAACUGUUUCAGAAUAAUCAGAAAGAUGGGAUUCAUUUUCUUCCACGUCAUACAUCAGUAGCUCUAGCUGAGUGCCAAAAAGCUGAUUAUAGUCUUAAUAAAGCACAACUUCAACUGGUAGGAGAGAAAGUUUCUCUUUAUCCAGAAGCACUGAAAAUGUUUUGGGCUCCCAUUCCACCAAAGUUCUUUGCUCCUAUUUCUUCUAUGAAGGAUAUUUUAUUUCCUAAAUAUGAGAGCAAUGUUAUUGAAGAUAUAACUUAUGAAGACUUUUUAAUUUCUGAUGAAGAAGAGUUGGAAACUCAGCGAGCUGAUCUUGAUUUCUGUGAUUUACUGGAAGAAAGUGUGCUGAGAAGAUGCCAGUCCUUCUCACAUUUUUCUGACAGUGAAAACUCAAAGGAGAUAAAUUUGAUUAAAAGAUCAGCCUCUGCUCCAGAGAUAACUGCUUUCAAACAUGAAACUACAUUAAAGAUGCCAGCUAACUUCAAAACCAGCAUGGCGGAGUUGGAGUUUAUGAAGCAACAAAUAGCUAAGCCAAAAGUUGAGAUAAAGACUGCAAAACGCUCCCCUGCCAAGCAUCCUUUGAAUCAAAUCUGUGAUGAUUGCCACUCAAAGAAGACAAAUGCACCAGUGGAAAAAAUGCCUACUUUGACUGGACAAGAGGAUAGUGAGAAUGCUGAAGUUGCAAAGAGAGCUGAAAAGGCUGAAAAUAAAAAUGAAAAGAAGAAGAAAUCAAAGAAAGCAAUAAAUCCUAGAAAAUUAGAAGCUGUGAUUAAGAAAUUAAAUCAACCUUCAAGAAUCCUCAAAAGGUCUGUGUCUCUAGGAAGACUCCUUAUUCAUAAUAAAUUCAUUAUCAAGGUGUCUCCAGCAAUCAAACUAUAUCAGAGCCCAAGCAUUCCUUGUUUGUUGGAUUUUGAAAAGUUUGCUGAAGUGAGGGGUGGAAUUCCAAAAGAAACCUCUGCUCGUGCAUGGGUCAGUGGAAUCUGGAGAUGCUGGCUUGAUGAAACAUUCCCUGAUAGGACUGUUCCUGAGAAGGAAACUGAAUUGCUAAAAGGAGCUAAGGCAGUGGGCUCUCAAGUAACAAAUCUACAGAUAGAAUUAGUUGACUCAAUGCAGCCUGUUCUGCUUGAGGGUGCAGCAUAUACUACUGAGGAUUUAGAAGAAGAAGUAAGAAGAUUGACUGAUUUAAUAGAAAAGGUUGAGCGUCCUUCAGCUUUUCAGUAUUGCAGGCGUGGAGCAAUACGAAGAAAGUUAGGCAAGCUAAAAUCAGCUAUGGAUGACUUGGAAAAAGCUAUAAGCUUAGAACCACAACUACUUGAUGCUUACUGGCAUAGACAUUUGAUUUACCUCUUUCAAGACAAUUUUUCUGCUGCUUUAGAUGACCUGAAUUUCAUAACAGAGUCGAAUAAAAAUAAAGUAGAUGCAUACCUGUCAAAGGCUGAAAUUUACAGAAAACUGGGUGAUAAUACAAUGGCAAUCAACAAUUACAGCUCUGCAAUACAGUGCAACUCCACAGAUGAUGACAUUUAUUUCAGAAGAGCUGAGUUGUAUUUUGAGGAAGAUGAGUUGUUAUUGGCUGUAGAUGAUUAUGCCAAAUGUUUUCAAUAUAACCCCAAAAGAACAGAUGCACUUAUGAAACAUGGAAUAUAUUUCUUUGACCAUUCAAUUUUGACUACAGCUAUACGGGAUUUUACAGCUGUGAUUAGAGAAGACCCUAGCAAUGCUCAGGCAAGGCUAUAUCGAGGAAGAGCAUAUACUAAACAGAAGCGGUAUAAAAAUGCAAUACAUGACUUAGCAGCAGCAAUUCGUCUAGAUCCCUCUUGCUGGUUGGCAUUCUACAAUAGAGGUUACAUCUUACGGGAGAUUGAUCCAAAAAGAGCUCUGCAGGACUUCAGUGUUUCUGUUCUCAUCAAUGACACUCAGGAGAAUUUUUCUUCUUUUCUUUAUCGUGGGGUCAUUUACUCAAAUCAACAGCAAUGGUUACUUGCAAUCUGUGACUUUGAAAGCCUCAUAGCUUUGGACAGCUGUAUCAUCUUUGCUUACCUAAAUAUUGGUUUGAUACUGCUGUUGCAUCUGGAUCAAUACUAUGAAGCUAUUCGGCAGUUUACUAAUGCCAUAAAAAUUGAUCCUCUCAAUGUUCAAGCCUACUUGUGUAGAGCACAAGCAUAUCACAAGAUUCAUAAUUUAUCAAAUGCUGUGAAAGAUAUAAAUCGAGCCAUUCAUCUUUAUCCAGAUAAGACAGAUCUACUGAAACUGAGGGGACAGUAUUUAAUGGAGAUGAAGAAAUAUGAACUGGCAAGCUUAUGUAUUCACCAAAUUGCAAAAAUGAAUGAAGUGUCCUUGGAGUUUCAGCCUGUUCAGCAAGCACUCAUUCAGUCAUUUUGUCAAAACCACAGUGAAGCCAUAGAGUGCUUACGUAAAGCUGCUACAACUCAACCUGAGCCUUCAAUGUUUGUCCUCUUAGGAAAAAUACAAAUGAAAGCUGCGAAAACAGAGGAUGCUGUGGAAAGUUUUAAGAAAGCUAUAAAUCUCCUGAUGACCUCAGAUAAAACCCUGCCUCAUACAUUUGAGGCUGCAGAAAUGCAUUAUCUUCUGGGCCUGUGUUAUAUGGAACAAGUAAAUUUAUCAGAGGCCUGUGAUGCUUUUAGUAAGGCUGUAAGACUACAUUCAAGAUACCCUGAUGCUUUUUAUCAACGAGGGCUGUGUCAAAUGCAACUCAGUGAAACAAAGUGCAUCCAAGACUUCAAUCAUACACUUCUCCUUUGUCCAUCACAUUUCCAGGCUUAUAUGGGUCGUGCUGCUUACUAUGAAAGUGAAGGCAGAUACUCGAAGGCAAUUAUGAAUUGUAAUGAGGCAAUCAAAAUUCAUCCUGACAAUGUACACGCUUAUUUUUACCGAGGAAUACUGAAGUAUCAAAAUAAGACGUUUAUAGCUGCAAUUGAAGAUUUCUCAAAAACUAUUGAUCUUGACAAUACCUGUAUUUUGGCAUAUUAUAACAGAGCAAUCUGUUAUCAUCAAAUAAAGAACUUCAGAAAGGCUUUGAAAGAUUAUGGAAUUUUUCUUCUACAUGAGAUGAGUAAGGAAAUAGUUCUAAAAGUGUUCAUCAAUCGUGGAUUACUCUACCUGGAACUUGGUGAUGACGCUACUGCCUGUGAGGAUUUUAAAGAAGCAGCGCUGCUUAGUCCAGGUGAUAGCCAGAUCUUUCAAGCUAUUGGAACCUGCCAUUCUCGACUAAAUGAGUUUGAAGAAGCUGCGAGGUCAUUGACUCAGGUUCUCAAACUAGAACCCAUUUCUGUGGAAGCCUAUAUUGGACGAGGAAAUUCAUAUAUGAAAAAUGGUCAGGCUGGUCUUGAACAAGCACAGAAAGAUUUCUUGAAAGCUAUUCACCUGAAUCCAAUGUGUACAGAAGCCAGAAUUUGCUUAGGAUACAUCUUGCAGGCCCUUGGAAAGCUUCAGAGUGCUUGGAAACAGUUAACAGCUGUCAUUGCUAUUGAUUCAAAAUGUGACACUGCAUAUGAAGGGCGAGCUUCAGUCUCUCUUCAGAUGGGUGGAAUUUUUUCUGCAUUUCAAGACGUAAAUGCUGCAUUAAAGCUCACUACCACUGCUCAGCUGCUAACAAAUCGAGGUAUCAUCAAUCAGUUAAUGGGGUAUUUAUCCUGUGCCAUGAAGGACUAUCAACAAGCAAUUUCUGUUGACCCCAACUGUGCAUUAGCUUAUUUCAGUGCAGCAAACAUCUACUUCAAUAAUCAUCAAUUUUCACAGGCUUAUUGCUAUUAUUCAGAGGUACUAAAGCUUGAACCAAGAAAUGAAUCUGCUAUUAUGAAUCGUGCUGUUACAAAUACAAUAUUAAAAAAUUUUGAAGAGGCAAAAGAAGACUUUGAGAAGGCAAUUUGCCUCUGCCCAUUCUCUGCAGCAGUGUAUUUUAACAGGGCAAAUUUCUAUAAUGCAUUAAAUCAAUAUGAACUGGCUGAGAGAGACAUUUCAACAGCAUUGUCGAUUCAGCCUAAUGAUGCCAUGAUGUACAGACUUAGAGCCGAUAUUCGUGCUAAAUUGGGUUUCAGUAGAGAAGCUUUAGAAGACUACAAGCGAGCAGUCAGCAUAAAAGAAGAGACUGAUUACACGCAAAAAGAUAUUGGUUUUACUUACCCAUUUCUCACACUUUAAUUAAAAAUGUCCAGCGUGCAAGAAAUAUCUAAAUAUACUUUAUACACAUUGUAUUUUCCUAACUAAUAUAAUUACUUUGUUUCAGCUCUAAACUAGCCACAGUUAUGAGAACAGAAUGAAAUAUUUUAAUUAUGAGUUUAUAUAUAGUUCUUUAUUUCUUAGUGUUGAAAAAUAACUGAUUCAAUUGUUUGGUAAAUGAAAGAAGUAGUAACUAUAAACAAAAGGCUUGAAAGACACUGGUGAUAAAAGGAUGUGUGCUACCAACCAGUAUAAAUGCUUACAGUGAUGGUGGUUUUAUGUUGCCUGGAGCACCUGAGAAGUAAUAGUUUUAAGGUGGAUGGCUAUCAGAUGCUGGUAACUGCUAACAAGGUCUCACUUUUUACUUCUACUCCUCUUUGUAAGACUCCCUGUUCCUUGCCACUGGCAGUAGACAAUGUGCAACAUAAGCUAUUGCAGUGCAUGAAAACUACUCCAAGAACUUGAAUUUGAGAGGGCCAUGUAAUUCAGACUGAGAGAAAAUGUUGAGGUCAUUUUCUUCCAUGUAAAUGUGUUGCUGUAUCACCUUUGAAGAGGCAUGUGAAAAGCCUGAGUAAUAGAUUAUGAUUUUUGUUCUAAGUUUCUAUGAAUUGCCUCAUCUGACCAUGGAGAUAUAAGUAUGAAUCAGUGUGAUCAAAAUAAACUGUCAGGCUCUACCUAUGCACUAAAUUAACCGCCCAGCUGCAGCAUACCAUGGAGAAGACGGUGAAAGGAAGGAGCUAAAUAGUUGUCUUUGCCUCAGAAAAGAGAAGAACUGACUUUCUUCUUGUGCACUCCAAAAUGAUUUUUGUUAGGUUGUAUUGUUGAGAUGAAAAUAAAAAAUGUUGCCAUUGUC